UAAAAUCAUUUAAUUAGAAACUGAAAUAUUGUAAUGUUUCCAAAAAAUAAAAGUCCAUAAAAGAAAAGUGGAAAGCAAAAGAGUAAAAAGGAAUCCCAAUGCUGGAUUGCAUGACUUUGAGAAGAAGCAGCUAGAGAGUUAUUGAGUAGCAAAGAUGGCUAGAAAAGCAGGGGAGACCAAAAUGAUGCUAAAAAAUGAUAGUACUAAGAUUCACAUUGGCAAGAGCAAGAUCGCAACGCAGAGAUCUGAUCCCGGCAUCAAGCGAUUUAGAGAUGAGAUUAAUUCGGUCAAACUGAGGAAAAUCAAAUCCGAUUCUGCUAAGAUCGAUCAACACGAGGAUCACGGGAUUAUCGAAUCUACAUUCGAAGCAGAUGAGCCAAUCACAAUCAAUGCAGAUCAUGACCUCAAAGAGGAAGAGGAAGAGGAAGUGGAAGUAGAAGUAGAAAAGGAAAUCGAAGUCGAGAUUGAAAAGAAAAGCCUCGAAAUCAGUUUGCAAGAGCAGAAGAAGGUUGUGGUUGUGGAAGAGGAAGAGGAGAUACCAAAUCAGAUUCAGGAGGAUGGAGCUUCAACCAGACUUGAGAGUUUCGCUGAUUUGAUAAUGUGGAGAGAUACAGCAAGAUCAGCCUUUGUAUUUGGUGUUGGAGCAUUUGCCAUCAUUUCCACUUCAUACACCAAACACCUCAAUAUUAGCUGUAUCUCUCUUCUUUCCUACCUUGCUCUGCUCUAUCUUGCUGUAACUUUUGUUUUCAGAUCCCUCAAAACCAGGGGAAAUAUUGAUUUGGAUAGCAAAGAUGAAGAAUAUGUUGUAGGAGAGGAAGAAGCGGUUUGGCUAAUAAAGUUGGUUUUGCCCUAUGUAAAUGGCUUCCUUUCCAAAUUGAGAAGCCUCUUUUCUGGAGAUCCAGCUACCACAAUCAAGUUGGCUGUUGUGCUGUUUGUAUUAGCAAGAUGUGGAGGCUCCAUAACCAUCUGGAAAAUGACAAAACUAGGAUUCGUUGGAGUUUUCGUGGUGCCAAAACUAUCUUCUGCCUACUCCUCACAGUUAAAUGCAUAUGGUACAUUCUGGAUUGGAAGAUUCGGAGAUGCGUGGGAAUCAUGUAGUCACAAGAAAGCAGUGGCGUUUGGAAUAUUCAGUCUUGUCUGGAAUUUAUCUUCAGUUGUUGCUCGAAUUUGGGCGGUUUUUCUGUUAUUUGUUGCGUUUAAGUACUAUCAACAGUGUAAUAAGGCAUAGUUGUUACAGUCUGCUAAAUUCUAUACUUACAAAAUACUCCUAUAGGAAACACACACGAUAUUCCUUUUCU